AUGUUCGGCCCAAGGCAAAAUUCUCACGAAGGAAUUACAGUAAGCCAUUUCGCGGUAGAUGAACUACGAAAAUCCUUGUCUGGUUCUGAACAGAGGAUAUUUGACAAAUUCACAGAAUACAUGUCAAAGUAAGUAUAUAAGAGAAAUUUAAAAAUCCUGAAAAUCUGGUGUAUGUAAAAGGAUGCCAUAGUGUAACUUUUAAAAGUACAAUAUUCAGUAUAUAAUUUUGUAAAUAAUGCUUUCAGAUACCGCCGAUCGUACGCCGAUGAAGAUGAACUACGUUAUCGUUACCGUAUUUUCCGAGAAACGAUAAAAGAAAUUAAAGCUAGGGGAAUGUCGGACGAAAUCAAUGCUAAACAUUUUACCGAAUUCACCGACUGUCUGCCAGUGGACUCGCGGUUCAUGUGA